UUCAUUUCAUGUUGAUUUGAUUUUUUAAUUAUUAAUUUUAAGAUAAAAUUUCAUUCGCACUAUGGGUGAUUCACCAGCUUCUGAAGCAGAAUCUGGUAAACCCAGUCCUAACGAUGAGAAUCACCUAGAUACGGACCGGCGUCCUUUUGGUGGUCUCGAAUUCCAAGUUUCUGAAGUAGUGGGACGGCUAGAAGCCGGAGUCAACGCCCAGGAUGUCACGGAAGAGGAAAAGAAACGGGAAUCGCGGAAAAUCAGCACCGGCUUCUUUGAACCUGACGAGACUUCUAUGGAUGAAAUAUUAAAGGAUUUAGAAGAUUUAGUAUUGAAAACAGACCCUAACUGUGAGAAUAUAGAGCCGCCGUUGCUGCCCACGGAUGCGGUGACUCGUGCGGCCAUACUGUCGCAUAGUAUCUCUGCUUUAUUUGGUCGCCUGGAAAGGUCUCAUGCAGCGCGAUUCGGAGCUACAAUUUCAUGUGAAACAACGCGAUGGAUGUCUCAUAUGUUCAGAUUGAAAGAUUACAAUGCAUAUUACCAUCAAGAUCAUCUGGAAGGCCUGGUUCGGGUCACCAGGAUGCUGCUGCAUCACAAAUAUCCUCGGUACUUAGAAGAUGGCGCUCUAGCCUUCACAAACCGCCUACCCUGCAUAUACAGCUGCGUUGCAAGCCCGUUAGGUAUCGUCCAGCAUCUGUGUCGGCAGCUAAGCCUACCCCUGGCCUGUAUUAGACCUGUACCAGUGAAUUCAUCAGGUAAAGGCAUGGAUAUAGAAGCAUUAGAUAGACUAUGUGAAGAGGAUGUGGCAGCUAAUAGAAUCCCCCUGCUGGUGCUGGGGGAGGUCGGUGCCCCCCCUCUGGGUUGGAGUACACCACUAGUCACCCUGAGCGCUGUGUGCAAGACUAGAAAUAUAUAUUUACACGUACAGGGCCACGCGUUGGCUCUUGGAGCGGUUUCUGGUAGAGAUCAGAGUAUUACUUUACCGGAUUCAGUGACAUUAACGCCAGGACAGUGGUUCGGAGUGCCGGGACUACCAACUGUCACAUUUUAUAGAAUUCCAGAACAGAUCACAGCCAAUGACCAUUCCAAAGGCGUCAGUGCGCCGAGUAGCCGCGAGGGAGCGCUGGCAGCGCUGGCGGGGCUGGCGGGCGGCGGGCUGCGGCUGGCGGCGCUGCCGCUGUGGACGUGCGUGCGGGCGGCCGGCACCCCGCGGCUGGCGCGACGCCUGGCGGCCGCCUUCCGCGCCGCCCGCGCCGCGCACGACGUCAUCGCCGCCGCAGACCUCCGCCUGCUGAGUGAAUGGCCCGGCGGCGAUGAAGCACCUAACGUCAAUAUAGUUGAAGCAAUAAGUAAAGCGUCCGCCUGCGUAGCGUUCCAGUUCGCCCCGCCCGGCGUUGAAAAACCACCCCCGUAUUACGACAAACUCAACUCGUGGUUAGGACAAGUACUGCAAAGGGAACCGGAUAUGAUAACCAUCGAGGUGUGCGAGACGGAGUCGCAGGGCGUGGUGCUGCGGUACUGUCCGCUGGAGGGCGCGGCCGCCGCCGACGACGCGGAGCCGGCGCGCGGGCCCCCCGCCUGGAGCGACGCGCUCGCGGCGCAGCUGGGCGUGCUGCGCGCCACCGUGGCGCUGCGCGCGCCCUUCCUGGCCGCGCUGCGCCGCGCGCCCGCCCUGCGCCACGUGCACGUGCCCGGCUGGGCAGGUCUGGGCGGAGUUCGGUACGUGCCGCCCGGUUGGGAGGAUGCGUCUGCAGAAGAGAUCAACUCUCUCAACCGGCAGCUGGUGGAGACGCUGCGAGCUACCGACGGUGCCUUCUCCUGCGGGGACGGUGAGGACGGUCUCGCUUGUGUUCGAUUCGGCAUGGUGACAGCGGACACAGAUGUAGAAGAAUUGUUAGAUCUCGUAGAGAAUGCGGGCAAGGAGGUGGAAGAGAGUUCUCGUGCGCUUACAAAUAUGACUGAAGUAUUGAAGAAAGGCAUCGAAGCCGCACAAGCGGACAUCGAGCGGGAGAACGCGGAGCGUCUGUGGCAGGAGGGGCUGCUGCGGCGCGUGCCCGUGGUGGGCCGCGUGGUGCAGUGGUGGGCGCCCGCCGCCGGACCCCCACCCGGCCGCCGCCUGCACCUCGCGCUCGGCACGCUGCAGACCACCGACGACGUCUACAGAUUCGUUCAAAAGAAAGAUAAAGAAGAUUCGGAGCCUGCGCGGGCGCAUUCUCCGUCGCGACAAGUACAACCGACCGAAGCACCGACCGAGCAGUCGUAAAAGAAUCACCCGCCUGCGCUAACGGUAUACGCUGACGGGGCACCAGUGGAGGACGAUAAGAUGAGCAUGAGGUCAGUUAGUCCAUCGUGAGAAAUUCACCAAGAACUUAUCACGAUGGUUUCCAUGGGGAACCAAGUGGACGUCAAACUGACGUGGUACAUUGUUAGCAAUGGAGUUGUCAAUAAUCCACAUUACUAAUUCCAUUCCUAUAGCUGUAUUCAGUUUGAAGAGUGAAAUAUAACUGAAAAUCCCGAUGGCAAGGUAUGCAGGCUACACCGCAAUCGUUAUAUUAAAAUUCAAACAUCUUUAUUCAUGUAGGUCUAUUACAGACUCUUAUGAUAUGUCAAAUCUACCGUCAGUUCGAAAUGAUUUACAGAAGACUGACAAGAAACUCAGCUCGUAUUCUUGAUAUAAUAUCUCACAGAUAUAUGAUCUGAUGUCCAGAACUGUUCAUGUAUACAAUCGACGUUUACCACUUACCAUCAGGUGGGUCGUCAGCUUAUUUGCCAUUUCACUUGCAUAUAAAAGUAUUUGUAUUUUAUCACUUUCUAUAGAAAAUAGUACAAAAGGGAGGAACGAAGUAGUUUAAUAGUAUAACGUUUUUAUGAAUAAGGAGUCCAGAAUGCAAUAAGGUUUUCUACAUUUACCAGUGACAGAUAAUGUAAUUGAAAACGUAUUCCUUUGUAAUAUGCGCUAGAAUUGUUUGUUACGUAAACUUAUUUUAAUUUGUUAGAAAUAUUACAUAAGUAGCAUGUAUUCAGUGCGCGUAACAAUGAGGUGUGUCCACCCAUUUAUUGGCAACAAUUAUUCCGGGGUAAAUAUUACAUGUGGGCCCUGGAGGUCCCUGGUACGUCGGGUGAACAGAAAUAAUUUAACUAAAAUAUAGUUUACUAAAAAAUGUAAGCAAAAACCUCAUAUAGUAUACGCCACUGCAUGUCUUGUUAUAAAAAAAACUAUCUGUAAUAAGAUGACAAAUUAGAAUUUAUUAUGUAAAAAGUAUGAUAUAGAAAAAUAAGUAAUUGUUGCUUUUAAAACUUUGCGUUUAGUAUUUUUAUCCAUUUUUAAUAUAGUACAUCUGGUCUUAACACGAAUAAUUAAAAGGUGGUCUUAUCGGUUUUAUAUAAGAUUGUCGCGGGUUCGAUUCCUGUCCAACUCAAACAUUUCUAUCAUUUCAUUCAUUAAAUCAUCAGCAGCCCAUUGCAGUCCAGUGCUGGAUGUACCAAUUUGCGGUCUCCACACUAGAACACCUCUACUCUAGCGAGCAUCGGUUCUGCGUCAGAUAUGACCAGCCCACUGCCACUUAGGUGAUCACCAUA